UGAAAAGGGGUGGGGUUGGGCAGGGAAGUGAAAAAUUGCCAGGGUUGUGAGAACCAGUUCAGAGAAAUGAGUGAAUCCUCCCCACUCGGUUCUAGACCAGAACUCAGAUCUUUGGAUUCUUUCCACUGGCUCCCCAUCAGCCAGUACAUCAAGUUCAAAUGAUUUGGUCUUUCAUUCAGUGGCCCACCUCCCUUUCCCCUGGUCUAUCCUCACUGUUCAGUUCUUCGACCACAUUCUGCCACCCACUGGUCCUUUCAUUUCGUUCUCCCACUCCUGAUUCUGUGCCCUUUGCCAUGCUGCUCUGUAGGCAUGGAAUUGUUUCGCAGCCUGAGUGCAGUGCACCACCUACCUUUUCUCAUUCGGUUCCCUCCUAUGCUUUCUGUGCUGCCUGCAAGAAGUGAUGAAUGAAGGAGACCAGCAAGUUGGACAGAUACCAUCAAGUUGCAGGAAAACAUGGGACAGGCUACUGUGCUGGCCGAAUGCAGAAGCUGGUGAGACUCUCACAUUGCCCUGCCCGCAGGUUCUCUUUCACUUCCUCAAGGAGCCAGGUUUGGUAAGAAGAAACUGUACAGUGAAUGGCUGGUCUGAUCCAUAUCCCUCCUAUCACAUUGCCUGUCCAGUGAACGAUGAGAUUCCAGUUGAGGAACAGUCCUAUUUUUCUACUGUAAAGAUCAUCUACACUGUGGGGUACAGCAUUUCCAUCUCCUCCCUCGCCCUGGCUGUCACUGUUCUUAUUGCAUUCAGGAGACUCCGCUGCCCCAGAAAUUAUAUCCACAUCCAGCUCUUUCUCACCUUCAUCUUGAAAACUAUUGCCAUUUUCAUUAAGGAUGCGGUCCUCUUCCAGAAGGACGAUAUUGACCAUUGCAGCUUCUCUACAACUGAAUGCAAGAUAACAGUGGCUUUCUGUCACUAUUUUAUGAUGACUAAUUUCAUGUGGCUGCUGGUAGAGGCGCUUUACCUGAACUGUCUGCUCUUAUCAUCCUUUCCUCAUGGAAGACGCUAUUUUUGGUGGCUUGUUCUGUUUGGAUGGGGUUUCCCAACAUUUUUCACCGUAGUGUGGAUAUUAGCAAAGCUAUAUUUUGAAGACACCGCAUGCUGGGAUAUUAACCAGGGCUCGCCUUACUGGUGGCUAAUCAAAGGACCUAUCAUCAUUUCUGUUGGGGUCAACUUUAUCCUUUUUAUAAACAUCAUCAGAAUCUUGCUGAAAAAGCUGGACCCAAGACAAAUCAACUUCAAUAAUUCAUGCCAGUACAGACGUCUCUCAAAAUCUACGCUGCUUCUCAUUCCGUUAUUUGGGACACAUUACAUUGUCUUCAACUUCCUCCCUGAAUACACCAACCUGGGAGUCCGGCUUUAUUUAGAGCUCUGCAUUGGAUCUUUCCAGGGGUUUAUUGUAGCCGUUCUGUACUGUUUCCUUAAUCAAGAGGUGCAAGCGGAAAUUGGCCGAAGAUGGCAUGGGAAGAGCUAUGGACUUAUGCCAGUGUGGAGAAAGAGGACUAGGUGGACCAUGCCAUCUAGUUCUGGGAUAAAAAUGACUACCUCUGUGUGUUAGGGACAGCUGCUGGACUGGGAGCAAUGGUGUUUAAGAACCCAGAUAUGAUCAAGGAAACUGAAUUUAAAUCAUCUGACUGUAACUUAAAAUGCCUGAGUGAAUUAGAGAAGACUAAUCCAGUUCUGUCUAGUUCCAUAGAAAUUCCUCACACCAGACCUCUACAGAAGUUACAAGCAUUACAGCAUCAGAUCAAACACCGAAUGGCUUAUAUAAUCCUUUUCAUGUAUAUCAUAUGCAGCACAGCAACAGACACAUAACAGCAACAACCUCCUCUUCUUUUGUCCAGCUUCUGGACUAUUUUUCUUGGUAGCUUACAGGUGAAACUUUCUGAGAAUUAAGGAGUAGGAAACUGAGUUGUUGGAGGAAGAUGAUUCCAUGAGGGUGGCGUUUUAUGAAAAAUUGGGCUGAGUAACUAAAAUGAGCAGAAACAUCAAGAAGUCCUUGUGGCAACCUUAGAGACUAACACAUUUAUUUGGGCAUGAGCUCUCAUGGGCUAAAACUUAUGC